CAAUUGCGCGGGGCUCAGGGACGCGGCGGCCGAGUUCCCGCGGAAUUCGGAGUGCUCCGCCUGCCUCCGCGCCGCGGGGACUCGUUGUCGUCCGCCGCGGAGGGGCCGCGGGGGCUGCGUGCGGCGACACUGGGGCGAAACGUUCUCGCAUUCCGAGGCGACGGCCCGAGCGGACUGGGCCGCAGGCCUGGGCGGGCUCACUCUCCUGGCGCAGCCGACGACUCCGGGGCCGCGCGCCGUCGGGCGGGGCCCCGCGUGCUGCAGGGGAGCCGAAGGCCUGCCAGUCUUGAGAGAGGAGCUGAGUUUUUCUAGGGGCUCUGUCAUUGGUGACCACAAUGGAAAAUUUAGACAGUGAUGAUCUGAAAACUAACAAACUUCCCAAGCUCAAGAGAUCAAAAGAAUGGUUGGAACCACAGCCACUUUCUUUUAUGGAGGUAUUAGCUAAAGAAGAUAUUGAUGCAGCUACUCAAUCAAUAUUAUAUAGAGAAAAUUAUAUAAUUAAGGAACUAGAUAAGUAUUUACAACAUCAUGACUUCUUAAAUGCAAGAAGAAAAGAGAUAUUAUAUAAAAGAUGGGUUGACCAUGUGGCAGAUCCUCUCCAGAAGAAAAUUAUAGAAAAAGUUUGUUCACAUAAGAAGAUUGAAAAAAGGAGACAAGAGGAAUUAGAUGGUUUUUUAAAACACGUAAAUAAAAAGGGAAAUGCAUUUGUAGAGCACUAUGAUCCAGAAGAGUAUGAUCCUUUUUAUAUGAGCAAAGAGGACCCAAAUUUUCUGAAGGUUACCAUCCCACCAUUUCGUGACCCUUUGAAAAAGGCACAAUAUGACAAAGAUGACGAAAAGAGAACUCUUCUUCAGUGUGAGACUGGCAAAAUAUAUACAAUGAAAGAAUUUAAAGAGGUUGAGAAGGCCAAACUGCAUUCCAGAUUUCCAAGAAUUUCUACUUCAAGGCACUUUAUGACUCCAAAUGAGUGGCUUAAACUGCCUACAAGCUACAUAGAAAGUGAAUUUUGUAAAAGGAGCAGGUUAAAAGUGAAAGUGAAUUUUAACGAUACUAGUUGUGAUUUGAAACCCUCGGCAAGAGCUCCUCGUCUUCUGGAAUCUCAGGAAGAAGAAAAAGCAGUGAUUUACAAUUCCUCCCUACAGAAACAAAGGGUCAUCCUUUCUGGAAAAAGAACCUCUAUGUUAUCAGGAGGGAAAGAAUCCAAGUCCCAAAGAAGCCAGCUCUGAAGGGCACUUUUCUUCCUUGAAGCUCAGCCAGGAGGUUUUAGCAACCAAGGAGCACACAGCCUGAUCCCUGAUGGUAAAAGAGGACACAAAAGAAGUCUGCUUGCAAGGAAGCCAUCUGCCAGCAGGAAUCACGCUGGUAGGACCGAGGAAGGCACUCAAGAAUUAGGUUCUAUGUCUAAGAAAAGCAUCUGCAAUCAACUUCACUUCAUUUUUGAGUUUAGUGUCUGUAUGAUAAUUAAGAAAUGACAAUACCAUGUAUUGACAGUUACUGCAAAUGUAUUUUUCCCAGAAGUUAAGAAAUAUUGCCUGUAAGAUCCAAUAAAAAUAAUAGCUAGCUUACUGAGUGCCCAUCUCGGUUCACUUGGUCUUUC